AAGACAAUGAUUUCCAAUAGCAUAAAAUUAAACCAUAUACACACAAAAUUAAAAAGUUUUAACUUCUAUAAUCCAAACAAAAAUAAUCUGUAGCAGAAUUUAUUUAAUUUUUCAAAGAUUACGAGCAAAUUAGAUUUAAUUUUGGAUUUGAUGCUUAUUAGUUUAUUUUCAGGAUGAAUCUAAGAAGCUCAAAUUACACUAGAUCUACCAAUACAUUAUGUGACAAAUCUUAAAGAAAACUAAAAUAAAAUAAAACCAAUAAAUUUAAAUUCUCCCUAUAAAAAAAAUACAAAAAUAAAAACAAAAAAAGCCCAUAUACACACUCAGAGCGAAGAUGAUCACAGAAAAUGAGCCCAUGAGAGAGAAAAUUAUUGGUCCACUGCCCAUUAACAAUGUUUCAGAAUCCACAUUUUUAGGGAUUUAUCAAUUAUUAUAAUUAUUUAAUUUUUUUUUGGACUUUUCUUUAUUUUUAAAUAAUUCCAUAAUAAUAAUUAACCAAAAUCCCCUCAAUAUAUACCCUUUAUAUAAUCUCAUUUGAUAUUAAAUUUUCACUUCCAACUAAACUCUUCCUAGCUUUACUUCUCUUCCAAACCAAAAAAAUGGAAGAAAUAAACCAAAAAAAACCAACAAUUUUUCUUAUAAUUUCAACAUUAUUAUUUUUAUUACCAUUUAUUACAAAUGCAAAGUCACAAAAUGUGCAACUUAGCAAAUUAUACAAGACCAAAUACCAUAACAACAAUGAAGAGUUUAAUGAAAUUAACAAGCAACCUUAUGAUACAAUGCUAAUGGAUGGUAUAGUUGAUAAACGCCACCAUGAACACCACAAACAACACCAUCAUCAGCACCAUAUUCGUCGUAGUCGUCGUGAUCAUCAGAAGGAAAGGGAUAGAAUAGUGAAGCUUCCAGGACAACCACCAGUGAAUUUCUCACAAUAUGGUGGUUAUGUUACAAUUGAUAAAAAAGCUGGAAAAGCUUUUUAUUAUUAUUUUGUUGAAGCUCCUACUAAUCACACUUCUUUGCCUCUUCUUCUUUGGCUUAAUGGAGGUCCUGGUUGUUCAUCUUUGGCUUAUGGAGCUAUGGAAGAGUUAGGACCAUUCCGAGUUAGAAGUAACGGCAAAACAUUAUAUAGGAACAAAUUUGCAUGGAAUCAUGUUGCAAAUGUUUUGUUCUUGGAAUCCCCUGUUGGAGUUGGAUUUUCUUACUCGAAUACAACAUCAGAUUAUGAUACAAAUGGAGAUACUAAAACAGCUGAAGAUAAUUAUGUAUUUUUAUUGAAUUGGUUUGAGAGAUUUCCUGAGUACAAAGGCAGAGAUUUUUACAUUUCUGGUGAAAGUUAUGCUGGACAUUAUGUUCCUCAGCUUGCUCAUGCUAUUCUUCAACACAACACCAAGCCUAAAAGUUCAAUGAUCAACCUCAAGGGCAUCAUUAUUGGAAACGCAGUGAUAAAUGAUGAAACAGAUUUGAAGGCAAUGUACGAGUAUUUUUGGACACAUGCUAUAAUAUCGGACCAAGUACGAAAUGAUAUAAUGGGGCAUUGCAAUUUUACUCCAAAUACCAGCAACCAGAGUUUAAAAUGCAAUUCAGCUGCUGAUCAAGUUGAGAUUGAUAUUCAAUACCUAGACGUUUACAACAUCUAUGCUCCUGUGUGCCACUCCACUAAUCUUACUCUCAAACCCAAGAAACUCACUCAUGAAUUGGAUCCAUGCAGUGAUCAUUAUGUGACGGCUUAUAUGAAUAAUCCUGAAGUCCAAAAGGCUCUUCAUGCAAAUGUGACCAAUCUUUAUUAUGAUUGGCAACCUUGCAGUGCGGUUAUUAAUAAUUGGGCAGACAGUCCAUCAACAAUUAUCCCAAUUCUAAAGGAGCUAAUGGCUAAGAACCUUCGAGUGUGGAUUUAUAGUGGUGACACAGAUGGAAGGAUACCAGUUACAUCAACAAGGGAAUCCUUAAAUAAAAUGGGACUUCAAAUCAAGACUAAAUGGCAUCCUUGGUUCAUCAAGGGAGAGGUUGGUGGAUACACACAAGUAUAUGAAGGGAAUUUGACAUUUGCAACAGUAAGAGGAGCAGGCCAUCAAGUGCCAAGCUUUCAACCAUUAAGGGGACUUUCAUUGAUCUCACACUUCCUUUCUGGAACACCUCUACCUAAUACUUCAAGAACCAAAAUGUAUUAAUAUCUUUUGUUUUUUUCUCUAGAUUAUUCCUAAGGAAUUGUAUUUCUUUUUUUUUUUUUUUUUGGUCCAAAAUUGUUGUUGGUGGCCAUUAAAACAUCACAUUGUACAGUACUACAGUUUAUAUGAGCUACACCUAAUUUAAUAUUCAAGCACGACGAGUACUAGCUAAUUC